AUAACAUUUUUCUCAAUCAUUCCUUAAGUAUUAAGUAUUUAUUAUUUUAAUUAAUAUUACAUUAAUUUUGUAGUCUUAACUAUGUUGUUUUGAGAUAAAUAUUAAGAUGAACUUGGAACUAUUAGAAUCAUUUGGACAAAAUUACCCAGAGGAGUUCGAUGGUGCCUUGGACUCGAUAUCACUGGCCGCGACAUGCGCGUUCAACCGGCGCGGCACUCUGCUGGCAGUGGGCUGCAACGAUGGCAGAAUCUUCAUCUGGGACUUCCUGACUCGUGGAAUUGCUAAAUCAAUAUCAGCACACGUUUACCCUGUUUGCAGUUUAAGCUGGUCAAGGAACUGUAAAAAACUAUUAUCAGCUUCAACAGACCAUAAUGUGUGCAUAUGGGAUGUUUUAUCUGGAGAGUGUGAGCAACGCUAUAGGUUUCCAACCCCCAUAGUCAGGGUGCAGUUUGAUCCGAGAAAUGACAGGAGAUUUCUUGUAUGUCCAAUGAGACAUGCAGCUUUGCUAGUUGAUACUGAAGGUGAACAUAAAAUAUUACCAAUUGAUGAUGAUGGGGAUAUAAAUGUAAUAGCAUCAUUUGAUAGAAGAGGUGAUUAUGUGUACACAGGCAAUGCUAAAGGGAAGAUAUUAAUUUUAGACUCUCAGACAUUAGCCGUAAAGGCGAGUUUUAAAAUAACAGUUGGAACAUCCAGUACUACUGGCAUUAAAAGUAUUGAAUUUGCUCGGAGAGGAGAUUGUUUCCUUGUGAAUACAUCAGACAGGGUGAUUAGAGUUUAUGACACAAACACUGUGCUCAAAUGUGGAACUAACGGGGAGCCGGAGCCGAUACAGAAACUACAGGAUCUUGUUAAUAACUUCUGCAGCUCGGACGAGGAGGGCGAGGACGAGACGCUGCUCUCCUUCCUGCCCAUCGCGCCGGAGAUAGAGGACCCGGAGGAUGGGUGGGCAGCGACGCAGGAGACGGUGACGCCGGUGGAGACGCCGGAGAAGCUGGAGCCCGUCGCCAAGCGCCCCAAGAGCAAGACCUACGACAUCUCGCUGAAGAUCCCGCCGCCCGAGCAAACGAUAUCGUUUGGUGGCAAGAACAAACAGGCGGCGGGCAAUAAGAAGGUGCCGGGCAGACCUCGCAAAUAAUUAUAAGGAAAUAAAUAUUUAAAUUUAU